AUGGCCGCUCCCGUUGCCCCCACACAGCCCAAGUCGCCCAAGAAGAAGGUGGCUAGGGCUGUCGAGCGCACCGACUCUCCCGCCCGCAGCACCGCUUCUGGUCCCGCAGCCGACGAUGGCUUCGGGAGUCCCUACAUCAAGGAGCUUCAGAAGAACAUCCGGAAUGUGAACAAGAAGAUUGCCAACGCAUCCAAGACCGACUCUCUGCUUGCCCAGCACCCCGGAAAGUCCCUCGACCUCUUGGUUGCGUCCAGGAUCAUCAACGCCGACCAAAAGACACAGAUCCUCAAGAAGCCCGCGCUCGAGGCCCAGGUUGCUCAGUAUGAGGAGCAGCUCGCCCAGAUCAUCAAGAUCGAUGAGCAGUACCGGGCUCAGGCGGCUGCGGACAAGGCUGAGCUUGAGCAAAGGGUGGAGAAGGCCAAGGCGCAGGCUGUCGCCGAGGCCAAGGCUGAUUUCGAGAAGACUCAGAAGGCCAAUCUGCUCCUCAUCUCCCAGUUCCUCCGCCUGGCUGCCUACCGCCGAGAAGACGCCGCCGAUCCCGAAUCCGACGAGAGCCAGGCCAUCGAAGGCGUCCUCCUGGCUAUCUACACAGGCGACGACAGUGCCGUGAGCUCGAUGCUGAAGCUGGUCAACGGUUCUUCGGACCGGAUUGUUAGCGUUCCUGGCGAGCUCCUGCAGACCAACUUUCACCCUACUUACGCACGCAUCACAGACGACCAGAUUAAGACCAUCGCACGAACCUACAAGAUGCCCUACGACGCUGAGGCUGUCGAGACGGACAAGGAGGUUGCCACGGACCCCACCAUUGCCAACGCCACGGUCAACGAGAUCGCGGCCGAGGGAGCCCCAUCUACCAACGGCCACGCCGUGGAGACGGCCACCAACGGCAUCAGCAACAUGCAGGUUGCGGACGACGCGGCCAAUGCCGCGGCGGCUGCCAACUGGGACACCCAGAACGACACGUCGUCAACCUUGCAGGACUGGGUGCAGGUGCCCCGCAACCCGGGCGAGACGGAAGCUGGCUCCACUGCUGCUCCCACCAAGACAGCUAACAGGAAGUCAUGGGCUGACGACCAUCCCGAGCCUAGUGCGCAGGCUCCGGUCCCUACAGCAGCGGCAGCGGACCCCGGCGACGGCUUCCACCAAGUGCAGCGCAACCGCGGACGCAGCGAGCGCGAGGGUAGCGGUCACCGUGGACGGGGCCGUGGCGGCUACCGAGGCGACGGCCGUGGACGUGGGCGUGGCAACCGCAACGGAGGUCCUGCCCGUGGAGGCCGUCGCAACGGAGAGUCUUAG